AUGUCCUCGGUAGGGUGUGCGAUCUGCCUUGGGAGGUGUGCAAUUUGUUUAGAGUUUCGAUGUGGGACUCUGGGCAUCAAUCGUGGAGCUGCCACGUGCCAGAGCGGGCAAGGUUGCCCUAAUGAUGUGAUCGGUAGGUCCUGUACCGAAGGAGUCAACCAAGUCCCCUUGCGAGAGUCUUCGGAAGGGGAUUUGAAUUCGUCCUCGGGAGAAAACACGGCCUUACCGUUCGGUAACCCCACUGGGGGAGGGGCAAAACCUUGUUCCUCCCGGCAUGACCAGCUCAGAGGCUGA